AUGAUGACGCUCCACCGCCGCCUCCUCCUUCGUUCCCUUCGUCCAGUGGUGUUAAGGUUUCCGAUGACGUCGUCAAUCAGGUCAAUCAAUUCCUUCGCGAAGCCAUUCAGAACCCUCGCGAACGACUCUCAAUGGAGGAUCAUGUGGCAUACAGCCAAUGUAUACAGCAGUAUGAAUUACAACACCGAGUUUCCACAGCUUGGAUCCACUCAUAGACCCAAGCUUUCAGCUGAACACCAACCAAGACCUCUUCCACAGCAUAUACCUGGGCCAUGGGCUGCACAAUCAACACCUGCUGGAAUUGGAUAUGGACAUCCUGAGACCAUGAUGCCACCAUUUAAUCCUAAUCAAGUUGGUGCACACUCCACAUCAUCCAUGUAUCUGCAUUCAUCUCAGUAUCCCUGUCAGCGCCCUGGAAUACCAUUUAUCCAUCCUGAACAUAUUCACCAACCCUUUGCACAGGUAUAA